AUGGAGCGGCCAGUGUGGACGCUGGGGCUGCUGACUCUACUGGUUGUGUGUGGCAGCUGGGGCCUGAAUGAGGAGGAGCGGCUUAUUCGGUACCUGUUUGAAGAGAAAGGCUACAACAAGGAGCUCCGGCCUGUGGCACACCAAAGGGACAGUGUGGACGUGUCGCUGGCCCUCACGCUCUCCAACCUCAUCUCCCUGAAAGAAGUUGAGGAGACCCUCACCACUAACGUGUGGAUUGAGCACGGCUGGACAGAUAGCCGGCUGCAGUGGGAUGCUGAAGAAUUUGGAAAUAUCAGCGUCCUGCGCCUGCCCUCUGACAUGCUGUGGCUCCCAGAGAUUGUGCUGGAGAACAACAAUGACGGCUCCUUCCAGAUUUCCUACUCCUGCAACGUGCUCAUCUACCCCUCGGGCUAUGUGUACUGGCUGCCGCCCGCCAUCUUCCGCUCUUCCUGCCCCGUCUCCGUCACCUACUUCCCCUUCGACUGGCAGAACUGCUCCCUCAAGUUCAGUUCCCUUAAGUACACAGCCAAGGAGAUCACCCUGAGUUUGAAGCAGGAGGAAGAAGAGGGCCGCUUCUAUCCCGUGGAAUGGAUCAUCAUCGACCCUGAGGGCUUCACAGAGAACGGGGAGUGGGAGAUAGUGCACCGACCAGCCAGGAUCAACAUGGACCCCAGCGUCCCGCUGGACAGUCCUGGCCACCAGGACGUCACCUUCUACCUCAUCAUCCGCCGCAAGCCACUCUUCUAUGUCAUCAACAUCCUGGUGCCCUGCGUGCUCAUCUCCUUCAUGAUCAACCUGGUCUUCUACCUGCCGGCCGACAGUGGCGAGAAGACGUCAAUGGCCAUCUCAGUGCUCCUGGCUCAGUCUGUCUUCCUGCUGCUCAUCUCCAAGCGGCUGCCCGCCACGUCCAUGGCCAUCCCCCUCAUCGGCAAGUUCCUGCUCUUCGGCAUGGUGCUGGUGACCAUGGUCGUGGUGAUCUGUGUCAUCGUGCUCAACAUCCACUUUCGCACACCCAGCACCCACGUGCUGUCUGAGGGGGUCAAGAAGCUCUUCCUGGAGACCCUGCCCGAACUCCUACACAUGUCCCGCCCAGCCGAGGAUGGGCCCAGCCCAGGGGCUCUCGUCCGGAGGAGCAGCUCCCUGGGCUACAUUUCUAAGGCCGAGGAGUACUUCUUGCUCAAGUCCCGAAGUGACCUCAUGUUUGAGAAGCAGUCCGAGCGGCACGGGCUGGCCCGGCGCCUCACCACUGCACGCCCGCCCCCGGCAGGCUCUGAGCAAGCCCAGCAGGAGCUCUUCAGUGAGCUGAAGCCAGCCGUGGAUGGGGCCAACUUCAUCGUCAGCCACAUGAGGGACCAGAACAAUUACAACGAGGAGAAGGACUGCUGGAACCGAGUGGCCCGCACAGUGGACCGACUCUGCCUGUUUGUGGUGACGCCCAUCAUGGUCGUGGGCACGGCCUGGAUCUUCCUGCAGGGCGCCUGCAACCAGCCUCCACCUCAGCCCUUCCCCGGGGACCCCUUCUCUUACCAGGAGCAGGACAAGCGCUUCAUCUAG